AUGGCUACGGACGACCGCUUCUGUCUGCGUGUGCGAAACUUACCGACGAUGCUCUCAACUAAAGCAAUCACGUCCUUACUCUCUCACUACGGUGCUACACGUGUCCGUGUCUUCCCGUAUCGAAAUGCAGCGUCAAGUGGCAAAGAACCAGGUGCAACAACAUGUAAACAAUCGCAAAAGGCAAUUGCAAUCUUUCCAACUCAUGAAAGGCAGCAGAAUGCUCAAAAACGUCUUCAUUCACUGGAAUUAGCGGGUCAUCAUUUGCACGUGGAAGUGAUUGGUGAUCAGACUGGAAGUACGUCACGUGAGACAAAGCAGUCGGAGACUGUACAGACUCUUCAUACUUCUAUGGCUUUUCACGGUCAACCUCCAUUACCGAAAGGUUUGCCUCCAUUACUACCAUCGGCACCGGGUCGUCUACAGAACUCUCUUUACGCUCCAACACCUUUGGCUCCACAUCUAGGCUUGAAUUAUGCGCCUUCGCCCCUGCUUGAGUACAAGUAUCCGAAAGCAACCGAGAGUAUUGUGCGAAAUAUUGCCAACGCCCUCAUUGCACUACCUCGAUUUUAUACACAAGUGCUUCAUCUUAUGAAUAAGAUGAAUCUACCACCGCCAUUCGAAGAAGGCGCGAUACCAGGAAGGUUUUCUAUGCAGCAAGGCGUGACUCAGCAGAAGAACGAAGCUGAAGAUUUUCAAAGAGUUUGUUCCAAGCGCCGCAGGACCGAUGGCAAUAUGAGGUCACAGAUAGUUGAAGAAGAAGAAGAAGAAGAAGAAGAGGAGGAGGAGGUUUGCGACGAUUACGACGCAGUGAGAGGAAACAAGUCGCGAAAUGCUGACGCCCACCCAUCGUCAGUACAAACACAACAGCCGAGCAAGUAUAUCAGCAGUACAACAGUCAUGGAAGCAAAGCCAGAUCAAAAACCGAUUAGUAUCUCACGUCAAGACCAGUUUGACCUUACUGGCAAACUCUUUACGCGACGAGAUAAACUGUCGUUGGUCAAGAAGAGCGCUACACUCAACAUAGCAUUUCAACUUGACAUUGCUAAAGGCAGCAAUAACAAAGCAUCUCGAUCAAUUCGUCCGGGCGUGAUUUCAGAAAAUGAGGUAAACCGGCUACGACUAUCACGUGAAGACCUGAUGAAGGUACCGCUGAUGAAAUCGUAUGUCCGCGGCUUUCCAUCAAGCAGUAUUGUGGUGAAGAACAUCUCACAUACAGCAGACGACAAAGACUUACGCUCUGUCUUCGGCCAUGUUUUGCCAAUGGAUAUGAAUCUGGAAUUGAUACAGAUAAACCGUCUGCCAGCAGAAGGUUCUGCUCUAAUUGUUUACCCUGAUGAAGCGGUGGCUACAGCAGCAGUGGAUGUGCUGCAUGGCGUACAGCUCGAAGGAGAACCACUGAUUGUCGGUUUCAACAAUACUUGCGAAGCAUCGUCAGACGCAUCCGUUGCCGCGGUGCGUUGGACGCUGCAGGAUCUUGACAAUAAGCGAUUGCUCAAAACCCAACUUGCUUCAGAGAAGGCCAUGAAGAAGUAUCAACGCGGAGAACCUUCCGACACACUCUAUGUGAAGAAUCUUGCUAGAGCAGUAGAAUUGGCAGACCUCUUUGCUGUCUUCGGAGCUGUUUUACCACCCGAAUCGAAGCUAGAUGACCUGAAUAUCCGCCACUUCACGGUAGGCCGAAUGAAGUGUCAGGCCUUUGUGAGAUACCCCACAAUUCAGCUUGCAUCAAGUGCGCUAGACCAAGUGCAUGGUGUGGUGAUAAAAGAUAAACCGCUUAUUGUGUGCUUUCGUAAAUCGCAAUCAGACCAGACAUGA